CUGCUAUUUCCAAUCGUUCCGCCUUCUCCGUCGCCUCUCUCUCUCUCUUUCUCUAUACACCUCCUAAUUAAUAAUCAUUUCUCCUGUCCCAAACCAUAUCCACAAUAUCCCCGCCCCCCUUCAUUAAUCUCGCCGAAAAUCUUUGAAUUUUUAACGAAAAAUAUCUGCUGCUCGAAUAUGAAGGAGAACAAAGGGAAUCCGCUGCACCUCUCCUCCCUCAACCACAUCUCCCUCGUCUGCCAAUCAGUCGAUCAAUCCACUCAUUUCUAUCACAACGUUCUUGGCUUUAUGCCUGUACGAAGGCCCGGCUCCUUCAACUUUGAUGGAGCAUGGUUGUUUGGUCACGGAAUUGGGAUACAUCUCCUGCAAUCGGAGGAUCCUGAGAGUCUGCCGAAGAAAACCGUGAUUAACCCUAAGGAUAAUCACAUUUCCUUCCAGUGCGAGAACAUGGGCAUGGUGGAGAAGAAGCUGACGGAAAUGGGGAUUGAUUGGGUGCGGCAGAGAGUAGAAGAGGGAGGAAUCUACGUUGAUCAACUGUUCUUCCACGACCCGGAUGGAUUCAUGAUUGAAAUCUGCAACUGCGAUAAUAUCCCGGUGAUACCUUUGCCUGGGGAGAUGGUACGUUCCUGCUCAAGAUUGAACCUGCAGCAACAGCCGCAGCAGCAGCAGAUCCAUGUCCCUGUGGUACAACCUUAGAUAAUUAAUUAAUUAAAAUUAAUAGUAGUUAUUAGGUAGUGAAUUCCACGUCAGCACUUAGCAGCCGUACGUGUCAUCUGGACAGAUCUUCUUGCCGACAUCCGUUUGUCUGUCUCUCUGUCCAUCUGUCCUGUGUUGUCCUUUUUCUUCUUCUUCUGUUCUUGUGUUUGUUUAGUUGUAAUAAGACGCUUUUGGCCUUGCGGUCCAAAUGGGAAUCAAACAGGCAGCCCUGUUUGUUUAUGUUUUUAUUUUAAAAUUUUCAGUGUAAAAUAUGUAUAUUUAAUUUCGUAUGAAUUCAUUCUCGUGCAAAAAA